AUGGACGUGAUAGCGACGCCCGAAAAGCCAGAAGCACAGCAUGUCGAAAAGAUCGGCCUCGAUGAUGGCAGCAGUACUGGCAGUGACACGCGCAUCGAUAUCGACCCGGCUGCCGAAAAGAGAAUCAUCCGCAAAUGCGACUAUCGCGUAGUUCCUCCGUUGACGAUUCUGUUCCUACUAGCUUUCCUCGACAGGACAAACAUCGGCAAUGCGAGGAUCCAAGGCCUGACGGAAGAGCUGGGCAUGACGGGCAACGACUACAACGUCGCGCUGCUCGUGUUCUUCGUGCCGUACAUCCUCUUCGAAAUCCCGUCCAACCUGAUCCUGAAGCGAGUCGCGCCGUCCACCUGGUUGAGCUUGAUCAUGGCGCUGUGGGGAAUCUGCACCAUGGGCCAGGGCCUGGUCAGCAGUUUCGGCGGCUUGGUCGCCAUGCGCGUCCUCGUCGGGCUCUUCGAGGCCGGCCUCUUCCCCGGCUGUGUGUACAUGCUGGGCAUGUACUACAAGCGAUACGAACUCCAGUGGCGCCUUUCGCUCUUCUUCUCCGCCAGCAUCUUGGCCGGAGGGUUCGGUGGACUUCUCGCCUACGCUCUGGCAAAGAUGGACGGCGUCGGUGGAUACUCAGGCUGGCGAUGGAUCUUCAUCAUCGAAGGCCUCGCGACCGUCGCCAUCGGCGCCAUUUCCAAAUGGUGGGUGCCCGACUGGCCCGAAACGGCCGGCUUCCUGAACGACGAGGAGCGCGCCAUCCUGACAGUGCGCCUCGCCGAUGACCAGGGCGAAUGCCGCAUGGACCGGCUGGACAAGAACGCCCUGAAGCGCAGCUUCGGCGACUGGAAGAUGUACGUCGCCGUCGUCAUGUACUUCGGCAUCGUCAACAACGGCUACUCGACCUCCUUCUUCAUCCCGACCAUCAUCAAGGAGAUGGGCUACACCAGCUCGCGCGCGCAGGUCCUCUCCAUCCCCAUCUUCGUCGUCGCCACCGCCGUCGCCCUCGCCGUGGCCGUGUGCACCGACCGGCUGCGGCACCGCUACGGCUUCUGCCUGCUCGGCGUCGCCGUCGCCUCCGUCGGCUACGUCCUGCUGCUGUGCCGGGAGCGCCUCGCGCCCGGCGUCGAGUACUUCGCCCUCUUCGUCGUCGUCGCGGGCGGCUACAUCACGCAGCCCGUCACCCUCACCUGGGUCUCCAACUGCAUGAGCGGCCACUACAAGCGCUCCGUCGCCGCCGCCAUGCAGGUCGGCUUCGGCAACUGCGGCGGCAUCGUCGCGUCCAACAUCUACAUCGCCUCCGAGGCCCCGCGCUACCGCACCGGCUACGGCACCUCGUUGGGCCUGCUGUGGCUGUGCGCCGCCAUGUGCACCCUUCUGUUCUUCGGCGUGCGCCGCGAGAACGCCAAGAGGGACCGCGGCGAGAGGGACUACCGCUUGGACGAUGAGAAGGACAGGGACAACCUGGGUGACGACCAUCCGCACUUUAGGUUCGCCACGUAG